UCGAGCCUGCCGAGAGGAUCUUUGAUGGUUUCAACUUAAAAGGAAAACUUUUCUUUUUAUUCGCUCACUAAAAGAAUCACUUUUUUAUACAUAGGUUUUUUUCAGAGGAUGAAAUUAACUUUGUGGUUAGAUUACUUUUGGAUAUGUGUGACAAAUAUUAAUCAAUUUUCUUGGAGGAAACAACCUAAACUUGGCGCCGUGCAUUUCAUUAGAGCUAAAUUCGCCAUUUUUCUUUUUACUGAAAAAAGCCCUCAAAGUGCAAGGACUGGAUUUUCAAAACACUUUGAUGUCUUUGACUGAAAAUAAGAGUUUUAGCUUUUUUGUUGCAUAACUGUUUUCAUAUUUUAAGGCCUACAGUGCGCGAUGGGUCUGCGUGUGAAUGAGGACAGUGUGUGUUGCCCGUGGGCCUAACGUUACUGUGUUGUUUUGUAACACCAGAAACUCCUGUAGGCUGUUAUUAUUAAAGAAUAAAUUAAAACCUGUGUGCUAAAGCUACUUCUAGGACAAUCAGAAGCAAAAAAACAUUUCACUAACUUAUUUAGGAGGGAUUGUGCUUUUAAAAAUACUUGUACUUAAAUGUUUAAUAUCUUCUUAAACACCAGAAAUAGCUGAGGAGGCCUUGGCUGACAGACGUCUCAUAAUGUUACAGAGGAUCUGAUAUAGUUUGAGUUUGCAUCCAUAAUUUAGCUUUAAAUUUGUUAAUAGUCUUAGUUAUAAAUGGGAAUAACUGUAUUAUUAAUAAUCUAUAUUAUUGAAAUAGGGCACUUGUUCCUAACAUGAUGAUUGUGAUCUAAUAUUAUUAUUAUUGUUGUGUAUUUAAAAGAACUUAAAGUGUCUAAAUGUAACUGCAGUGAUGCUGUUUCAUGCAUCAGUGACAACUGCCUGCCACUAUGACCCACAGUGGUAAUAUUUAGUCAGAUCCACCAGAGUAGAGUUGUUGAAAUCAUAAACAUCACCUAGAUGUCUCUGGCCUUUUCAUACCUUCAUGCCAGCUCUCUACCUGCAGGCAUUGGUUGGAGAAGUUGAGCAGAAUUUGUAACUAAAUGUAAUUAAAAAAAUAAAUACAUAUCAACUUUGAUAAGAUGAGGCAGACAGGGUCAAACAUCUUCAUCCUGGGUGCCUCUUUACUUUACACCUUUACCCAUGAAGGUUUGCGUCUGUGUGACAUCACAGAUUAGAGGCAGGACAAAUGGGUUUGUUUUAUUUGGCAGGGAGAUCUGGCAGACAGGAGUUAAUGGCAAGUAGAGAAACCACAACAGAAAUAUAGAGGAGUUAUUUCAUGUUGUUAAUUCGUUUCCAAGACGUACAGACGAUUUCACAGCUUAGAAUAUUCCUGAUUAAUAUUUCCAUAUUGAUUAACAAUGUUAGUUUGAUUCAAGCAAACUGAAUGGUGAAUGAACAAAAACAGGAAAAACAAGAACUAGUAUGAGGCUACAGCAUUAUAACUAACCUCUUCUAAGACCUUUCCUGAAGGUGUGACAUUAUACUGAUACCGUGCAUUGUACAACAAGUGCAAGUUGACACAUUCAGAGCCUCUCUUGUGAUUGGCUGAGUUUGAAGAGAUGUUGUGACAACACUUUGUGUUUAACUGGUCUGUGACUUAAGUGGGCCAACAGAGUGGAGAGACACACCCAUGUAAACACACAAGACAGACAUAAAAAGGGGCUAUAGAAUAUACAUUUUUAAUUAUUUUUUGAUAACUUAUUUGAUAUGGAAAAUGUCCAAAAUAAUGACAAAUGACCAGCUCAUUUUAAAUAUCAGAAUGAAGAGGAAAGCAAGCACAUUUAAGUAUAAUGUGACGCUAAAACCAGCAGAUACAUUUACUGUAUCUAGUCUAUGUCCACUUGAAUUAAAAUGUUUAUGCAUGUCUUCCAGUAAGCGUCUGGUGGUGGUGGUCCCCAACGAGAGCUCCUAUCCUGCAGUGCGGCGAGCUUACACCAGUGAGGACGAGGCAUGGAGGUCGUACCUGGAGAACCCGCUGACAGCCGCCACCAAGGCCAUGAUGAGCAUCAACGGGGACGAGGACAGCGCCAACGCCCUGGGCCUGCUCUACGACUACUACAAGGUGCCUAAAGAAAAGAGGCUUCUGCCAGUUCCCAAAGUUCUUGAAAUUACAGAGGAACAAGAGAAGAGGUCUGCAUUGGUGAGCAACCCCAGCAGCCAAAGUGAGGUGGAGAUGGUGGACAACCGUGUUCAAGUCCUCAAAUCUGUUCCUGUCAACCUGUCUCUGAACACGGAGCACCAGGAGACCAAACGGGAAGACUUCAGCAGCUCGACCGAGGUGGCAUCAGGGGAUGGAGGCUCGCCAGCUGUGGCCGUGGUGAAGGCCGAGGUGUACGCGCCCGUCUUCAUGACGGGAGCAGGGCUUCACUACAGGGUGGAGGCAGAAGAGUCGUCGCGGGUGAUCUACGAACAGAGUCCGUAUGAGGUGACCACUGUCAGUCACAGUUCGUAUGUGAAAGUCGACCAGCAGAGUCCGCCUGACAGCCCGUACGAAGAGGAGAGAGACGCGCGUUCUCAACAGAAGUACCACACACCUUCCUCUCUGGCUACAGAUGACUUCUUAUUUCACCAGGAAGGAGUUGACAGCUUCCAGUACACGCUGGACGCCACUCGCUCGCUGCGUCAGAAGCAGGGUGAGGGGCCGAUGACCUACCUGAACAAAGGCCAGUUCUACGCGGUGACGCUCAACGAGCUCAGUUCCAACAAACGCCUCCGUCACCCCAUCAGCAAAGUUCGGAGUGUGAUCAUGGUGGUGUUCAGUGAAGACAAGAACCGAGACGAGCAGCUGAAGUACUGGAAGUACUGGCACUCUCGGCAACACACGGCCAAACAGAGAGUCUUAGACAUUGCUGAUUACAAGGAGAGCUUCAACACGAUUGGCAACAUUGAAGAAAUCGCCUACAACGCCAUCUCCUUCACCUGGGACGUGAAUGAAGAGGCCAAGAUCUUCAUCACAGUCAACUGUCUGAGUACAGACUUCUCUUCUCAGAAGGGGGUCAAGGGUCUUCCUCUGAUGAUCCAGAUCGACACGUACAGCUACAACAACCGCAGCAACAAGCCGCUGCACAGGGCCUACUCACAGAUCAAGGUCUUCUGUGACAAGGGAGCAGAGAGGAAAAUAAGGGACGAGGAGAGAAAACUGUUCCGCAAAAAGUCAAAAGGUAAAGAUGGAGGUGUAGGGGUGAUAACCGCUCCCAAGAAGUCCGACACCACUUAUUUCAAGACUAUGAGCGACUUGGAGGCUCAACCCGUACUCUUCAUCCCCGACGUUCACUUUGGCAACCUGCAGAGGGCCGGACAGGUGUUUACCUUCAACACAGAGGAGAUUGAGAGAGAAGGGAGUGUGCUGGUGAAGAGGAUGUUCAGGUCGCCAGAUGAAGAUCUGUGUCCGUCACCUCAAAAACAGAUCAAAGAGGAGACGCACAAGAAAGUGCUGUUGUACGUAAGAAAGGAGACGGACGAGGUGUUUGACGCUCUAAUGUUGAAGAAUCCCACACUCAGAGGCCUGAUGGAUGCUAUAUCAGAGAAGUACGGCGUGGCCACAGAGAGGAUAGCCAAAGUGUACAAGAAAAGUAAAAAAGGGAUCCUGGUGAACAUGGACGAUAACAUCAUUGAGCAUUACUCCAACGAAGACACCUUCAUCCUCAAUAUUGAGAGCUACGCAGACGCCUACAAGAUCACACUGACAGAGAUCUGACUGCUCAUCAGCCGACUCGAAGGACCGCAAGUUGAGACGAAAGAGACGCUGUGACUGCUGGUUGGCUGAAAUCUACGAGGCUGCUAUUGAUUGGCUGAUAAGCUGACUGACAGUAUUGGAGAUGUUGGCGUUGCUCCAACGCUCUGAGGUCAACGUCGACACAUUUCAUUCCUCUCUGACACUGUUACACUAUGAAGCAAGUCAUAUGGAGGACGACGACCCUAUAAAGAGAGGACAUUAUAGAAAUUCUAUGAACUGGUUAUAUUUACAUCCUCAUUGUACUCAUCCUCUAUGUUGUGAGGUGAAAUGAUGUAGUACAGAUCCAUGGCCUCCACUUUUGCUAAAUAUUUUUAUUGUAUAAAAAAGUUGUACUUUUCUGUACAGUCCUGUGUUUCUGCCAAAUUACCCAUCAGGAGUAGCCUCAUGAAAUACCUGAUGCACUGUAUGUAGCUUGAAUUAGUUGGGUCUAAUUAACGUAGCUUCUUUGCCUGCCAGCCUUUGUUUGUGUUAGUUGUGUUAUUAUUUAUUAAUGACAAUGUUUUUCAUUUCUUUAGCAAUUUAUCCAAGGAUUUCAAGUACUUACAUUUCAGUGACUUUGUUUAGUCGUCCUCUCUAAGAGUACUCAAGGAGUUUUCAAUGGCUUAUCUCUAUUUUUCAGCCAUGUUGUACUAUUUACAUGUUGACAAAUUUGUAGGACCUAACAUGAAAUGGUAAUGACAAAAAAAUAAAUACUGUAAACAACGUUUGUUUUGGUGACAAAUGGAA